UCUCUCUUCCACAAUUACUCAUGCAGAUACUUACGCCUAGCACCGACUUAUUCCACGCACAACAUAGACCUUUUACAUGCAGUACCAAAACCUCGACGUUGAUCCGAACGAAGCCACUCUCCGUUUCUACGGCCAGGAAAACAAAUAGAGAACAUCUCAGAAACCUUGAGAACGUUCUUAAAACCUCCUCAACCUCUACAGAUAAUCUCCACAAUAAUGUAUCUUCUCCCCAAGUAAUUAAGACGACAACGUCAACGUCGAAGUUACUAGGAGGUUUGAACUUAGCGAGAAUCUGGCCUCAGAUGAAGGCCGCCGUCGACGAAAUGUCUCCGAAGCAUCUAAAGCGGCUUCAAAGACUUCUCUCAAAAUCAUCCGAGGAGCGUUCGCCCAAGAAUAAACUCGGGUCUAAAUGGCGGGAGCUACACGGGUCGAAUAACUGGGCCGGGUUGCUCGAUCCUCUAGAUGAGAAUCUCCGUCGAGAGCUUGUCCGUUACGGAGAGUUCGUGCAGGCGUCUUAUCACGCGUUUCACUCCGACCCGGAAGGCUCGCCGAGAGACGUCGCGUUACCUGACGGAUCAUUUAAAGUGACCAAAAGUCUUUACGCCACGUCAUCUGUUCAUUUACCUAAAUGGAUCGAUGACAUGGCGCCUGAUCUUAGGUGGAUGACUAAACAAACUAGCUGGGUUGGGUACGUGGCCGUCUGCGAUGAUCCGAGGGAGAUCCGACGGAUGGGGAGGAGAGAGAUCGUCAUCGCGCUACGCGGAACCGCCACGUUGCUCGAGUGGUCAGAGAAUUUCAGACCGAACCUGGUUUCCAUGCCUGAACAAAAACCCGAUCCAUCAGACCCGACCCGGCCCAAAGUCGAAUGCGGGUUCAACAGCCUCUACACGACGGCCAGCCAGCACGCGCCGAGUCUCGCCGAGUCACUGGUCGGAGAGAUCACCCGGCUCGUGGAUCUCUACGCCGGAGAAGAGCUGAGCAUCAGCGUCACCGGACACAGCCUCGGCGCCGCCAUCGCUCUCCUCGCGGCAGACAAUAUCGCAGAGCGUGUCCCGGACGCGCCUCCGGUGUCGGUUUUUUCGUUCGGCGGGCCUCGUGUGGGGAACAGAGAGUUUGCUGAGCGGCUAGAAUCGAAGGGAGUGAAAGUCCUCCGCGUCGUUAACAGCCAGGACGUGGUGACGAAAGUUCCCGGGAUAUUCUCCGAUAACGAUAAUAGUAGCAAGCAGGGGCAGAGUCGUAUAAUGGAGAUGGUGGAGAGGAACAAUCCGUGGGCUUACUCGCACGUGGGAGCUGAGCUGCGCGUGGAUAUGAAGAUGUCUCCGUAUUUGAAACCAAACGCUGACGUGGCGUGCUGUCAUGACCUGGAGGCGUACUUGCACUUGGUCGACGGGUUUUUGGCUUCGAACUGUCCGUUUCGGGCGAACGCGAAAAGGAGUUUGAGGAAGCUGUUGGAUGAGCAACGGUCUAACGUCAAGGUUUUGUACACUGGGAAGUCUUUGAGACUCAACCGUGAUAGUGUUGUCGAUAACGGAGAUGUUUUGCCUAGUCCGUCGUCAUUGUGA